UGGCGGUGCAGAGCAGCUCGCGGAGGUCGGGGGAGGCGGCCUGGGCGUCCGAGCCGAGCGCCUGCGCCGAGCGGGAGCAGAGCCCGAGCCCAGUGCGAGCGAGCGGCGGAGCCCGUGACGCCGCCCGGGCCCCGCGCCGCCGCGGCCAGGCCCGGCAUGGAGGAGGAGUGCCGGGUGCUCUCCAUCCAGAGCCACGUCGUCCGCGGCUACGUGGGCAACCGGGCGGCCACGUUCCCUCUGCAGGUGCUGGGGUUUGAGAUCGACGCAGUGAACUCUGUCCAGUUUUCCAACCACACAGGCUAUGCACACUGGAAGGGGCAGGUGCUGAAAGCUGAUGAGCUCCACGAGCUGUACGAAGGUCUGAGGCUGAACAGCGUGAACAAGUAUGACUACGUGCUCACAGGUUACACGAGGGACAAGUCAUUCCUGGCCAUGGUGGUGGACAUCGUGCGAGAGCUGAAGCAGCAAAACCCCAGGCUCGUGUAUGUGUGUGAUCCAGUCAUGGGUGACAAGUGGAACGGUGAAGGCUCCAUGUACGUCCCGGAGGACCUCCUUCCAGUCUACAGAGAAAAGGUUGUGCCGGUUGCAGACAUUAUAACCCCCAACCAGUUUGAGGCCGAGUUACUGAGUGGCCGGAAGAUCCGCAGCCAGGAAGAAGCAUUGGCGGUGAUGGACGUGCUGCACUCCAUGGGCCCCAACACCGUGGUCAUCACCAGCUCUGACCUGCCCUCCUCUCGGGGCAGCGACUACCUGAUGGCGCUGGGCAGCCAGCGGAGGAGGAGACCUGACGGCUCCACAGUGACUGAACGCAUCCAGAUGGACAUUCGCAAAGUGGACGCUGUCUUUGUGGGCACCGGGGACCUCUUUGCCGCCAUGCUCCUGGCGUGGACACACAAACACCCCAACAAUCUAAAGAUGGCCUGUGAGAAGACCCUGUCAGCCAUGCACCAUGUUCUACAGAGGACCAUUCGGUGUGCAAAAGCCCAGGCCGGGGAAGGACUGAAGCCCAGCUCGGCCCAGCUGGAGCUGAGGAUGGUCCAGAGCAAAAAGGACAUCGAGGACCCAGAGCUCGUCAUCCAGGCCACGGUGCUGUGAGGGUCCAGCACACACACCCGAAAUGCACAAAGUGUCGAUGUCUCCAUUUUUGUCCAUGUGAACAAAUGUAACGUCUGCCUUAGAGCUAUGACCGAAACUUGAUAUUUUUUUCAUUCGUGAGUGUCCGGCAUCAACUGGUCUUCAUCGUGAAAAUGUGCCAGUCACGCUUUGUGAAAAACAACAAAGCAGUCACAGCAAUUUGUGAUUUGAA